AUGACCUCAGAGGGCCAAGCAGAAACAGACCGGGCAAACACACAGGUGAGGGCAAUCGAAAGCCCUGUGGUGCCACUUCUGUUGCUGCCGCACUACACUGAUCCUGGACCAGCCUCCUCAGAUCUCCACGGCUUAAGCCACCGUCUCCGCAGCAACACAUUUCCAGAUGCUUCUUUCAUAUGGAAAUCCCUCACCCAUGACUCAUUCAUCAGACACCCUCUUAACACCUGCUCCACUGACCCCCGUGUCUGGCAUGGACACAAGACAAAUGUCAUGGUCCAGUGGACAGAGAGAAACAUCAUGUACCAGAAGCUCGGCAAGAUGCUGAUGAAAAUGGAAAAAAGGUGCACCACAAAAUGAGGUCCUGCUUCCGACCACAACACACACACAGCUGCUGGGUUCUUCACACUUCUGGUGACUUUGGAGAUGCGAGAAACAAAGGUGUGAAACCUGCUUUAAUGAUAACGGUGAGGAAGAAUUCAUUGUGUCGCCAUGUUUGGGCAGUGAAAACACUCUCUGUGUCUCUGGUGUGCAAGGACACUGAUGACACUGAUGCUACUGAUGCUACUGUAGAUGAUGUUUGUUGACGUUCUGAAAUAUUGCUUCUCUCAACAAAGGCGGAGAUUGCGUGUUGUUAUCCUGACUCAAACCAAAAGCGAAGAAGUGGCAGCAGCGGAAGGGUUUCAUUUGUCACGCUGUGUGAUGAGUAAAGGCCGCGUGUAAAGAAUGGAGGUGGUUUCUACAGAAACCACUGAAACUUGCUGUUUAUCACAACCUGCUGCCUCUGCUGCUGUCAGGUCAGACCCACAUCAUGAUCUGCUCUGCUCUGCCCUUUACUACACUGAAAAAGAGAAGAGGUGGACGAGACUGCUUUAAGUUUCAUGCAAAUCCCCGUGAAGGAGUUCAGUCGGCAAACACGCAACACUUUACUUUUCAUCAUUCAGUCGUGCAGAUGACACUCAGUUUAAGGCUUUGUUGUGAAUCCAUUUUACUCCAUAUAAACUCCUACUGUAUUUAGCUAAAGAUGUUAACCCUGCACUCUAACUGGCUAAGUGAACAUGUUUAAGGACUGACAUCAGCCCUGAGCUCAGAGCUGUGUUGUGCCCACGUGUGCCGUCUCAGAGCUGCUGGCGUGGCUGCCGAUGCUCAAGUUUUGUUUCCUAUGACUCUACAUGGAACCUGCAGUGGUAUGUGAAUCUUACUGCAGAAGGUUAAUAUGUGACACCACUGGGCUGAGUCAACUCUUGUCCCUACUUGCUGGAGUUAAAAACGUCAGAGUGCAGAUUUGGUGUCAGCUUUCUGUACUCUUUAACGAUCAUGUUCCAGAGUUGAGAAAUGUUUUCCUUACAGAGCUACAGGUUGUUGUUUUGUUGUUUUUUUAAUGAAAGCAACCUCUCCUUUGUUAUUGUUCGCAUCUCUACACCCCUGCCCCCACCCCUGUCGUUGUGGUCUACUGAUGGAGCGUCUCAUCUCUCUGGUCUUGGCAGUUUCCCGCCUCAGACAUGGCGGACUUUGACCUUUUCAACAAGUGUACGCUCUCCUUCCUGCCACAUCCCCUCUGCGUGCGCUCUGGUUGAUGCUGACACCGUACUAAACA